GCUUAGUUGGUCACCAUAAUCCCGUUGGUUACCCUUUUUAGCUUGACUAUAAAAUGGUAUCUCCCCCGUCGCGAACCAGGCGCAUAGAUGACUAUACUUAUGAUAGGAGUUAUCACAGAAGAUCGAGAAGCCCCAUCGAUAGCGGGCGUCGCUCUGAAAUUUUUAGUAAAGGCAUUUCAAGUCACUACGCUACAGAACGUGUAGUUGCUUCUUAUGUGGACGACUAUUAUCCUUCUGUUCGAAGAGCGACGGUCAUCUGCUACAACUGUGAUUCCCUCCGCCAUGUAGCUGCCGAUUGUCCAGAACCUCCUCACUGUGGCGGGUGCGGUGCUUACGAUCAUAUCAAGAAAAACUGUCCUCAUCGAGACAAGCAUUGUAAUUACUGUGGAAAGAUCGGACACUUGCAGAAUAAGUGUCGAGCCCGCCUCUUCUCUGCUGCUGCCUUGCCUCCUCUGAUUUGUCGACCAUACCCCUACGAACGCCUGCUGAGAACCUCAUAUUAUCCUGAAAGAACUCCAAACAGGCCAGACCUUGAAGAAGUAAAUAGAUCUACUAGGGAAAGGUUCGGUCGAUCGAGCUACAUUUUAAAAAGGGAAAACUCUCACCACGGAAGACCUUUUGGGGCGGAAUUUCGUGAAGGCUCGCAUAGAUUUUAUGAUAGAGAGAGCGAGCCCCGUGGUGGCUACUAUCGUGAAAGAGAAAAAGAAAGAGAGAGGGAGAGAGGCAGAGAAAGAUAUUCUGAUGAAAAGAUUGAGCGAAAAGAGCGCGAAAGAGAAAACUACUAUAUGAAAACUUCAGACUACACGCCCCGCUAUAGUAAGCGAUGCGGAAACUGCGGAAAGCCCGGGCACGACAAGACCACGUGUCGGGGACCAGCAGAGUGCGAAGCCUGCGGCUCUAUUAGACACGGCAAGCGCGAGUGCCCCCGUCUAAACGAAGUUUGCCCUCACUGUAACAGGAUUGGCCAUAUGAAAGUAAAAUGCCCAUUACUGCGAUAUUAAGCGACAGAGAAAAUGUUACUUGUUAUUUAGUAG